AUGUGUCAGGGUCAGAGACUAGUCGGCCCGGCCGACUCGAUCAAUCUCGUUCCGCACUCGUCAGCCCUUCCUCAUCACGCCGCCGCAGCGGUUGCGGCAGCCGACCUUUUCCAACACCUUCGCUGCGACCCGUGGUCGUCGCAGUCGUCGCCGGAGUCGUCGCCGUCCUCGCUUCUGUGGUAUCCGAAUCAGCCCACUAGCUGUCACCGACCUGACACCGGUGGAAAUAGUAGCUGCUGCACUAUCAGCAGAGACGAUGCAGUAGCCGACGCCGACAAUUCCGCCGCCGCCGCCGCCGUCUCUGCCGCCGCCGCUGGCGCUGACGCCAAUCUGAAACCCAAUACCGCUGAGGUCCACAAGAACGAUGCGCUGUUAUUCCCGCGAGAGCGUGACACACUCGUAGAGGGCUCUGGUCAGCACGAGUCGCGCCGGCGCGUUCGUGACGACUGCCUUGUUGCUGCCGGCCGUUCUCCCGCCAAGUUUAGCGGGGUGAUAGGCCUAGCGGAUCCCGACAAGUCAUCGAAGCGCGCAGAAAGCCAGGCUACCGCGAAGUCAGCUGCAGCGCGUCACGCGGCGGCGUUAGAGCGAGGCACGAAUGACCGUCAGAGCGGCGCGGUAGUGCAGGCGGCACAAUCGGAGUGGCCGGAUCGGCUGCUGGAGAGCUGGUCGUCACGCGCGGAAGAUGAGGGGGAGCGCUGGUGGCGGAAGGCCUCUCCGCAAGGGGGGGAAAAUUCAUGGAGUCACUGCUUGGCGCGCAGUGGCGCUUGCGCCGAAACCAUGACGGGCAGCGGAGGCGGCGACGGUAGACAAAUCUUCGGGGUCGCGCCGGAGAAUGCGGCCGGUGGUGGCGGCGGCGGCACCGCUUCUGGAGAGCUGUUGAUCGACGCGGUGCUCGCGGCGUGCAACGCGGCGGGACGUGAGCGAAAGGGUUUGGCCGACCCGCAGGCGGCGCGACGAAUCGGCGCGAUGGUCGCAGGCGGCGGUUCCGCCCCCGCCAACUCCGCUGCUGUCCUUGGCGUCUGCGCCUCCGCGAAUGCCGCCGACGCAGCGGCCGCGAUUCCCGGCAUGCUGCCGUCCUUGGCUGAGGAAUUAGAGGCGUGCAUGGCGAGACGCGAGAUGGCGGAGAUGGCGGCGCGGGCGAACAACCUUAUCACGAGCAGCACCAGCAACGGAUGCGGCGGCGAGCGGCGCGGCAGUGGCUCUUCCGCCAAGUCUUCUCGGAGUAGUCAGGGGCUAGCGCAGCAGGCGGGGGUUCCACCGCCGUUCGUGUCGUCGUCGCUCGCGGAGAUCGCGGCUGCUCUGGAGCGGGAAAGCGGCGGUGGGAGAGGCGGAUUUGGAUCAGCUAGAGGACCUCAUGCAAGCCUGCCAGCAACAGCAGCAGGCAGAGACGCAGCCUCUUCACGCGGCGCUGCCUGCCCCCAUGGCUGCCACGGCUCCCUGCCUCCUCUCCCCCUCCGCCUUCCCCACCUCCUCCCCCUCCGGCGCCUACUCCGCCACACCCUCGCCCUUCGCGCCGUUCCCGCCGUCGCCUCUCGCGCUCCCCGCGUGCCCGUGCUCGGGGCUGUGCGCUGCUGCGCCGUGCUGCUCGGGGUCGCUGUGCCUGCCCGUGGACUCCUCACCUGCGGACCACCACCAUCCGUGGGGCUUGCACCGCGCUCUCAAGCAGCAGCAGCAGCCGCCGCCGCCGCAGCAGCAGCAGCAGCAUGCGCAAUGGCAGCAGCAGGGCGGGCCGUGGGAGGGCAUGGGGCGAUGGAUGAGCUCUCUGACUGGCCACGCGUUUGUGGGCCAGCACCCGCCACUGCCGCCGCACUGCUAUCGCUUGCACCAACACCAGCACCAGCACCAGCAUCAGCAUCAGCAUCAGCAUCAGCACCACCAUCACUAUCACCUUCAGCAGCAGCAGCAGCAGCAGCACCAGCGCGCCAGUUUAACUCGCGCUGCUUCCUCGCACAGUCUCACUGCGGCCUUCAACCCCCCGCCGAUUCCCCAUCUCAACGGCCCCACGCGCUUCCCCAAGGCAGCACCGGAGCAGCCCUGCUUCCCGAGCCUCUUCCCCGUGCCUGUGCCUUCCAGACGAGCCCAGCCGCCUCGGGCCCGAACCUCCGCGUCCGCGGCUGCGGCAGCGGCUGGGCUGAGGAGCGGGCGAGGGAAGGGCGCGGCAAUGGCUGCCGCAUCAGAGAAGGAGAACAAGCGGAUUGCAGCAGCCGCGCUGCAGUGGCAGCAGCAGCAGCAGCAGCAGGAGAAGCAGGAGAAGCAGGAGCAGGGAGCGCAGGUUCUGCCAGGAGUGGCAGUGCUGCCUGGAGUGCAAUCCAUGCUGCUACCAGGUGCGCUGCAUGCACCCACCGGAUCUAG